UGGACUUUUUUUUUGGGAAAAAAAAAUUACACAUUAGAGAGCAACUGAAGAAGUUACUGGAGGGAUCCGGUAGUGCGGCCUGCGUUACGAGCGCUUUGCUUGUGAUCACCUGUCGAGGCGGGAAAAGCUGCUGAACCUGCCCAGCUGGCUCAGGAUCAUUGCGACAUCGUCAUGGGGAAGGGCGGCAGCAGCUUCUAACCCCAUCAGAAAGUCCUUCGCGGUCGGCAUUCGGACAGCGGGAAGAGGGAGCGUAAAAAGAGUCCACCGAGGUGACGGGGGUCUUUACCUGGCGGGGGGGUGGACAGGAGAGGUCGCCGGGGCGGCAGCGCUUGGAGACAACCUUGGCCCGUCCGGGAUCGAGACAGAAAAUGAAGAGAGGAAAUAAAUGUCCUUUUAUUAGCCAGUGAGACCAAGAAAGACUGCUAACUCUAACAAAGAUGGAAAACAACUCUGCUCCUGAAUGAUGCAGGAAUCAGAAGGCUCAUGUGUGUCUAUCAUGCGCAACAAGUCAUUAAUGAAGCCUGGAUUUCCAGACAGGGGCAUUACAAUAGCCAGCAGGGUAAUUGGUCUCCUCCUCUGGAUUCCUUCCAUCAAAACGUGAAGUUCCUGUCAGAAAAUCCUGGUGCAGCUGGACCCAUCUCUCCCCUUGUGUCUCCUCUGUGUGACAUUCUGUCAGUAAAAAUGAUGAAUCUUGAGUUUAUGCCCCUCUUGUUAUUGCCCCAGGUUUUCCUGGGGACUUGUGCUGUAGGGACUUUUGAACAGUGCAAAAGAACAAGGAAAUUAAUGGAAUUCAAGAUGACCCUCAGCAUGGCUUUCAAUACAACAGAAGGAAAUAUCAACACAACGAUGACUACAAAAUCCCCCCAAGAAAUUCUGUACCAGAGUUCUGGUGCGAUUGUAGCUGUCAUUGUAAUCGGAGUAAUAAUCAUAUUCACCCUGGUAUUGGUCACUUUAAAGCACUGCAACAGACAAAACAGAUUGAAAAGGGAACUGGCACCAAAAUCGUCAAAACAUCCCUCGAGUCCACAUGCAAAGGCCAGUAUAACCACGAGCAGACCAACAUCGCAGGUUUCUAGUUCAUCAAAUAUUCAGUUGGAAAGGAAAUGUUAACUGAACUGCUAAUGGCAUUGGAACAGAAGCAUGCUUUCACAGAUUGUGAAUCUGGACUAUUUGGGCCACAGAAGUGUGAAAGAAAUGUAUUGUUAAAAUUGCCAUCUUUAUCCAAUCUCUGGGGGAACGAUUAUCUCAGAGUUCACUAACUUUCUGAGCUGCACUUUGCUUUUUCAGACUGCAGAAAUGUGGGAGUGAAAGCAGUUUUAUCAACGAUGGUAAUUUCCUGAUAAAUGCUUGAGGUCACAGCCCCUCAAAAAACCUUUACAUUUUGUUGACUAAUACUUCAAAAAAAGCUUAAUAGUUUUCUUUAAGUAGUGGAAAUAAUUGAUCUUUUUCACUGAUUAGAAUAUAGAAUAAGAAAAUCAGAGACAAGAAAAGCCCAUCAAUACUAAUCUUUUUUAUAUUCUAACUCUCAUUUUAACAACUGUAUUUUGAAAAAUACAAUGAUUUUGCCUUUAUUAACUUGCUUUGUAAAUUAUCCUAAUUGUUUAUCACUGUGAUAAAAAGGUAUAUGUGAAUGGAAUUGGAAGCAUAAAAAAACUGAGAAAGAAAUCCAAACAUAAUAGUGGACACACCGCUUCCAAAGUAUUUGAUUCUUCUGGCUUGAUUUCCUUUCUUUUUAAUUCUUUCACCGCAAUAUCUGCACAUUGCAAGUUCCAUCCUAAGUUUAUCUAUGCUAGCUUAGUUCCAUUCGUAUGUACCUGUGACCUUUGUUGUUUGACUAUGUGCAAUACUUUACAUUUAUCAGUGUUAAAUUUAAUUUGCAGUUUUUCUACCCAAACAUGUAACUGACGUAGACUUUUGAAAAAUUUUCAAUGCUUUUAAUGUUCUCUUUAUUUUCCUUGGGUCAUUUCAGUAUCUAUGAAACAACAUGAGCCCAAGUAUUGAAUCCAGUCUGACACUCAUGACCUUGGUUUUCUAUUUUUAACCACAUUCCUAAAUGGUUCAAUGUUAUACCUGCCUUGGUGUAACUUCUUUAUUUAAUUAGAAGCCUUUUAAGUGGAACUUUUCCAAAUACUUUCUGAAAAUGUAGGUAAACUGUAUCAAGGGUGUUCCAAUAUCUACUUUAUCUGUAAUGCCCUCAAAGAAAUGAAGAUGUUAGUCUGGCAGGAUGUUUUCCUUUUAAAUCCAUGUUGCCCGAUUUUUAAGUUAUUGUUUUAUGGGUGCACUUCUAAUAUAUUGCUUGGAAUAAGUUUUAUCAUUUUACUUAUUAUUAAAGCUAGGUUAGGAUGCUAAAUCUGAUUUAGGCAUCUACCUGUUAAUGGACAGGCAGAUGCCUAAAUCAGAUUUGCUGCCUUUUUUCUUUUAGCAGAUUUAUUUACAGUAAGAGUCUUCAUUUCCCCCCUAGCCCAUCCCCCUCCCCCUCAGAUGCACCCCUGCCAUUAAAAUAUGUUCUAUUAAAACAUAUAAUAAAGUAAAUUAAAACCAUUUACAUUUGCAGGUUUCAUAAACAAAGGCAAUGCAAUAUCUGUAUCCCAUGGAACCGCUGACAUUUUGUUUUCAAGUUUUAACUUUUCAGUGUUGGUUACAUUUAGUUUUGCAGUUGUACUAUUGCUAAUUACUUUGUAAUUUCUUUUGUUCAUUCUUGUGACGAGAUGUUUCUGAGAGUCGGCCAUGUAUUUUGGUAUUGACAGAUACUAGCAGAGAAGUUACAGCCGAAGGAAAUUAAAGCAGUCACUGUGCAAUCUUGUAGAUGAUACUUGGGCAGACUAAUCUGUAUUGAAUAGUUUUUUUUUUAUUUAUUGUUUUGUGUAAAUGCAUAUGUUAAAAUUAGAGCAGUCUGGAAUUAGCAGACCAGUAUCAUUGAUUAUAGAGUUUUCCUGAUCUCCACCUGCCAUCAGAAGAUCACUCGACAUGUGCGGUACCAUUAAGGAAGAUGAGUCAUGCAAAGGCAGAAACAACCCAGGGCAUUCUUGGGUUGAAUGCAACACUGGCAAAGCCCCCAAGGACAGCUUCUUGACUGAGGAAAAAGAAUCCCAAAAAUGUGGAGACGGAACUGUAAGGUUAUCAAUUUAAAUAAAUGUCUAACUUGUUCAUAAGGUGUAAGAAUGUUUUGUUAUAUAAAAUUGACUUUAAAAACAUUAUGAAGUUAUGAAGAGAAUGGUCAUUGUUUACAUUCAAAGUGACAUGUGAAAGGAUCAAUUUUGGCAGUAAGUGAAACUGAUUUUAUUGUUGCACAACAGAUUUUAUUAUUAUAAAACUGCUGAAUCUGAAA